AUGACCAAGAGUAUGGUAGGCAUGACAAGAGAUCUAGAUGGCAUUGUCGUGCCCUACUACGACAACCUGCCAAGGCCUUACUACAAAGGCAAGGGUAACAAGGAUGGAGAGAAAACCAGGAGGGACAAUGGGCCUAGUGCAGACAUUACCCGGGGUGCGGAUUGA